UACAGGAAGAGUUUCCCCACCCAAAAACGCAACCAUUUGAGGGAUGAAUCCCAUCAGGCGCAGAGAGUCUGUUUGCAGGAGCUUGUUUGGCCCGGUGGACCACGGCCAGCUGCACCGGGACUUCAAGCUGAAGCUUAAGGAGAUCACUGAGCAGGACAGCCGGCGCUGGAACUUUAACUUUGAGUGUGAAACCCCGCUGCCUGGCAGGUUUCAGUGGGAGGAAGUAUCCGUGGACUGCACUGCGGCUUUCUAUCAGGAGCCCGCACAGCUGAAGGAUGCCGUCGCCGGUUCAAGCGGCGACAGGCCGAGCGACCACGAAGACGGCGCAGGCGCCGACCAGGAGAACCGCUCCGGCGUUACCAGCAAACGCAAGUAUCCAGCCGCAGUGACGCUCCAACGGAGGAAGAAGACGUUCUCCAAAUCUGCGGUGAAAAUCAGAGACAACGCACGAAUUACAGAUUAUUUCCCAAAGAGAAGGAAGACAACAGAAACCAGGAGCGUCCCGAAUCAUCUCCACGUCGGUUCUAAUGAAGCAGCUCAGUGCAAGACAUUAAGAUGAGCUGAAAAUGACUAUUUAUACUUGUACAAAUAUUUUCAUGGACUUUAUGAAGCUCUGUUCACCACACCAAAUUAUUUGAUUUUAUUUAUAUUUUUAGCAGUUUUGGUAUUUCUUUUG